AGCAGCGCUUUGCAUUACGUAAGGCAGAUGUGUGGUGAGAAAGGAGGAAACAGAAACGCCAGUGUAGCGGAAGUGGUACUGCCCUGAACGCUGAACGAGACGGAGGCUGAGUCGUCCAGAGAGUGAAAAUAACCAGGAUUGAAAGUCACCAAUUUAUCUAGAAAAUGGAUAAGAACGAGCUGGUACAGAAGGCCAAGCUAUCUGAGCAGGCUGAGCGCUACGAUGACAUGGCUGCAGCCAUGAAGUCUGUGACUGAGCAAGGCGCAGAGCUGUCAAAUGAGGAGCGCAACCUUCUCUCUGUUGCCUACAAGAAUGUGGUUGGAGCACGUCGCUCGUCCUGGCGUGUUAUUUCCAGCAUUGAGCAGAAGACUGAGGGCAAUGACAAGAAACAGCAGAUGUCACGUGAAUAUCGGGAGAAGAUAGAAGAUGAACUGAAGGAAAUCUGUAAAGAUGUACUUGGCCUACUGGACAAUUAUCUCAUUGCCAAUGCAACUUCUCAUGAAAGCAGGGUGUUCUAUCUGAAGAUGAAAGGCGACUAUUAUAGAUACCUCUCUGAAGUUGCAUCUGGAGAUGCUAAGAAGGUGACGGUGGAUAAUUCCCAGGAGGCAUACCAGCAAGCGUUCGACAUUAGCAAGGGGGAGAUGCAGCCAACGCACCCCAUAAGGCUCGGCCUGGCCCUCAACUUCUCAGUCUUCUAUUAUGAAAUCCUCAACAACCCGGACAAGGCCUGCAGCCUGGCAAAGACGGCAUUUGAUGAAGCAAUUGCUGAACUUGACACUUUGAACGAGGACUCUUACAAAGACAGCACCCUGAUCAUGCAACUACUAAGGGACAACCUGACUCUGUGGACAUCAGAAAACCAGGCAGAUGAGGGAGAGGCAGGAGAUGGAGAAAACUAAUGGAAUUGCACUGUUAAUCCACCUACACUCUUAUCUUAAACACAGACAGCUUAUAUACAUCCCCCCUCCACUCCAUCAGCCCCUCCCACUUCUGUAUGACAAGCAGCCUGAAUUGCUCCUGACCAACUAGUUUACCCCUCUCAGUUCACUGUAAGGUGACAGGGUAAUUUUCAGUUAUUAGCAGAUUCAGUCACUUUGUGGAAACAUGUUGUAUUGAUUAGUGAGUCCAUGUUGCUGUCGUUCCUUGUCAGAUUUGUGUGUAGGUCUGUAAGUAGUGAGUGAACAAGUGUGAAAGACUGUGAAUGGGUGUGUGUGUGUGUGUGUGUGUGUGUGCUGGGUGAGUGGAGGGGGGUCCUAAUCGUCCUUCCAAGUUCCUUUGUCCCCGCUAGUUUGGUGUGCAUUUUUCAGCGCCCCUCACCCCCCCCCUUUUUUGUUACUUAUUUGUGAUUUCUCAUAUUUACAGGAUUUAGUGUAUGGUAAAUAAACUGGCAGUCGAUUUCCACCAAUCACUGUGAGGGUAGGCUUUCCAUUUGCUUCACAACACCAGAACAGUUUUGUAUUUGAAUUUCCAGACAUGUACAAUCCCGUAUUCAGUUAAUUGCAAUUCUGCUGUGGGCUCAUACAGAAAGGAGGCAGGCUGUAUUGUGACACUGACAUCUUGGUGUAAUUCUUCUCGAUCACGUUCACAGAUUCAGUUCAAAGUUCUUAGGGACCCCUUAAAUUGUCAUGUUAGAUUUGUUCAGACAUUCCAUUAGGCUUUUGGAAACAACAGUGCUUGUUUUGUUUUUUAAAGCUAAGUAUAGAUUGUCUUUGUAGUUUUCUCACUGUUCUGGUGCUGCUUGAUCUCAGUACAAUGAAAAUUGUAUGCGUAAAUGUGGUUCCAUGUAUUUUGCAAGAUUGACUAUCAUCUGUAUGUGAAACCUAAAGUAACCUUUUAUUGAUGUUAAUUGAUAAUGUCUUGCCACACUGUAUCAACCCUGCUUGCAAAAUAAUCCUCUUAAAACGGUUGUUUUCUCCCAAAAAAAAAGUUGUGCCUGGCUUUCUCUUGCUUUUAUUCUUUUGAUAGCAGCAUCUGCUUGUUUGAAAUCUCUUAGAAUGAGUUGGACACAAACAUGACAUCUUGACCUCUGUUUUCAACCAGGUGAAUCACUUUGCUGAUCAAGGAUGGCUGGUGAGAAUGAUUGCCACAGAAAUCAGGUCUCUAGGUGAAAAGAAGCUCAGUGUCACAAUACCAUGUAUCACCACUACAUUCCACAUUACUGUAGUUGAAGACACCAUUCCACGUUAUAGCUGGCGGUCUGUUUACUCUGACAAUACUCCAAUGAAUUGAAAUCUUUUUUUUUUUUGUUGGGUGGGGUAAAAAAGUAAAAAGUUCAUUAUGCUUGAUGAAAAUACAGUUAGUGAAUGUGGAACGAAGCCUGUCUGUAUAUCAGGUAUUUACUUGCUUUGUUUUUACUGACAAGUCUUAUGGCUAAAAUUUGCUUCUGUAACAGUCUAUUACCCAGUGCACACACGUGGUUGUGAAAAUUUAGAAUAGCUAUAAAAGCAGUGACAAGGAGAAAAACAACGGUUGGUGUAAUUCUAGCUUUGUGUUUAUGUAUCUUAAAACCAUUCUAGUUUCACUAUACAUGUAAGAAAUAGGAACGUGUCAAAGACCAUUCAGUGAAAUAAAGUUUCGUUUAAGAUAAGUAAA